AUGUCACAGCCAACUACGGUCUGGCAGCGCCUCAAAUCAGGCAGCAAAUCCGGCUUCGACAAGGGAUGGCGCACUUUGGACAAGCUGGGAGCUCCGGUCAACAGACUGAGCAACAAGCUUGGAUCCGAAGCCUUCUGGCCGACGACAUUGGACAAAGAGAGCGACAAGGCGGCGAGGAUCCUGAAGAGCUUUUGCAAGGAUGGAUUCUACGUUGAGGAAGACACACAAGCAGAGGAUGGUCCGACGCGAAAGCAAAGAGUCGUAAAGAAGAUACCAGAGGAGGUCAUACGCAAUGCCAAAGGGCUUGCAAUAUUCACAACCAUGCGAACUGGACUGUGGGUCUCUGGCGCUGGCGGCUCCGGUGUGCUGGUUGCAAGGCAGUCGGACGGCACCUGGUCUCCUCCUUCGGGAAUCAUGCUUCACACUGCGGGACUGGGAUUUCUGGUUGGGAUUGACAUUUACGACUGCGUUCUUGUGCUCAAUACGGAGCAGGCAGUGGAGGCUUUCACCAAAAUCCGAUGUACUCUCGKCGGGGAGGUCAGCGUUGUGGCGGGGCCAGUGGGAGUCGGUGGGAUCCUGGAAUCCGAAAUACACACGCGACAAUCGCCCAUAUUCACCUACAUGAAAUCGCGAGGGUUCUAUGCAGGCGUGCAGAUAGAUGGCACAAUCGUAAUCGAGCGCAUGGACGAGAAUGAACGGUUCUACGGAGAAGAGGUUCCGGUCAAAGACAUUCUUGCUGGAAGAGUUCGGCAUCCACCACUUGAGGUCAAUGGACUGAUGGAAACAAUCAAAGCGGCGCAAGGUGACACACACUACGAUGCGACGAUGAUACCCGAUGAGCCGCCGCCGGGAGACUAUGAGUUACACGACGGAAACAUGUUUGGUGUACCGGACAGAGAAGAUCCUGAUCCCUACGGCGUGCUCGCGCUUGAAAAGGAGGGAAUGAGUCUUCGUGAAGCAGGCACACAGCAACGCGCGAGUUGGGAGCAGUUCAGCUUCAAUCCCGCACCGACGAGUCCCGUCCACAGCAUUUACGCACGGAACAGUCACGACGGAGGAGCGCGAGCUAACAGUAGUCGUAGCAGCUGGCGCAAUACCCUCAACGGUGAGCCGAGAGUGUCCAGCUCGUUAAGGAAUAGCAUCACGUCUGCCAGAUCAAUCAAAUCGCCCAUGGCAGAUUCCUCUACGCAGACCGACCUCACGGACGACCUGCCCUCUCCCCGGGGACGAAUUGGCAGCAAGMGAAGUAGUCAACAGAGCGCAGCUAGUAGUGGCAGCAGUCUUCCUCGUGCGAUCCCCGAGGAUGAGGUCCUCGAUAGUAGGGCCGAGCGGGUCGGAGCCAGUGAGCCUAGCAAAGUCACCAAUGAAGUUUCCAGGCCGAAUGAGGGCUCAAGAGACUUGACUGGGCAGAUUGGAUUCCCAAAAGAUGACCCCGUCAGCUCGACCAUGCAACCCWCCCAGUCCAGCGACAAAAGCACGCCAGAACGAAAGCAACUCUCCAGUGUGAGCACAAACAAUGGCUAUUCCACUCCUCCAAACACUCCACCCGCAGAAGCGGGCAUUUCAAAGCAUGACGACCAGCCUCUGGAUCAUGAUGUCGAUGGAGACGUUACUUUAUCUGAUGACGAGUACGACGACGACGAUCUCGAAAUCAUCGAAGAACCUGUCGUUCACUCUGUUCAAGCCCUGUCGUUGCACACGUCAGCCCCGCAGGCUUUCCCAGGAGCGGCCAGGGUUGUCACAGUGCCAAAACGGCUGCCGCCAAAGCUGCCGGAGAGGAAUCCAAAUCGUGGCAAAGUCAACAGGCGCGUUAUAACCGAUAGCUCCCCGCCAGUGGAUACUGCAUCGUUCGAAGCUGCUGUGGCGAAUGCUAGUUCUGCUCUAGUGUUGCAGGACGUUGAUACUUUCAAAACCACCAACUCAGAUUCGGAGUUUAGCCCCGUCGGUGCCAGCAAACUCUCUGACGAGGAUCUAGAUGCCGUCAAUCGAGUAACGCCAAUCAUUCCAGAUGUGAGCUCGCAGCAAGGGCAAAACUUGGARGAGAAGAUGGAUGAUUUCAAGCUAAACGGAGAUAACUCCGCACCGGUACUUCGUGUCGGUGACGAGCAGCAAAGCCCUGAAAUCAUUCCCAAGGUUCCAGGUGGAUUUGAUUGA